AUGGACGACGCAGCGUACAAAGAGAUCAAGGCGACGCUGAGGUCCUUGGAUCGUCGUGCUGCAACGAUAGAGGCAGCAGUCGAGAAACUCAAGGAGGAGCUUCAGAGCAAUCGGGCAGAGCGUCAGAGGUUGGUGGACCUCCUCACGCCCAUCAAUGAUCUGCCUUCAGAGACACUCGCGGACAUCUGGGACUACACUCGCGAAUGCCACAAGCAUCCCAGGGUCGGAGGCGAGAAUUGGUCCCAUGGGGCUUGUCGCUGGAGGUUCAAGAUUGCCCCUUCCGUAUUGAAGAUGUCUUGGGUAAGCCGUCGAUGGCGAGGGGUGGCAUUGACCAGCCCACUUUUGUGGAGUGAUCUAGUUGUGUCCCCUCACACGUCCCUGGAGCUAGCGAGGAUGAAGGUUGAAAGAUCUCAAUCAUGUCCUCUCACUAUCAUUGUCAACUUUGCGAACUACUGUGAUGAUGAGGAUAUCCACGACAGCGACGCAUCCGUAGCCCACUUCCUGUCGUUGAUGGAAGUGAUCCAACCUCACGUCGCGCGCUGGAGGACCCUGGAAUUCAUCGGAUGCUUUGGGAUAAUGGAGAUGAGUGGGCAUGUCACCAGCAUCAAUGGGCCUGCCGGUAAGACGAUUGUGGAUGCGUGUACAGGUAUCCUGGCAACUACUCCUGCAACUCAACUCAUGAAUAUCCGAGUGCAGUAUGACUCCGACUUGCCCGUGGAGUUGCCGGAAUUCAUGCGAGGGGGUCUCCCUGCUCUGAGGCGCGCGACAGUGCAUGGCAUGGAUGUCCGAUCAUGUUUACCUGCGCUGACGAGUCUGACUUCGCUUGACUUGCGCAUCCCCUCGGGUCAGCGCCCGACGCCGACCCAGUUGCGCGACUUCAUCUUGGCCUGCCCCGAUUUGUCGACCCUCUCUUUACACGGACCUCCUAUGGAGUAUUUUCUAGAUCCACCUGAAGACUACAACUACCCCAUCAUAACUGCCCCUGCUGUGCGUUCACUCAGGAUCGCAUUCAAUAUCGAUGAGGAGCAUCUUGGUUAUUACUUCUUCAAGGCCUUUUCCCUGCCCAACGUGGAGACCCUGCGUAUCCAUGACUCAACUCAGGAGCAGCUAGAUCUCUUUGCUCUCCAACUGCGGGAAAUUGACUUCACGGGACGAAUAGACCGGUUCCCAAAGCUACGGAAGUUCUCCUCGCACUACAACCGUUUCUCUCCCGACUCGGCACGCCUCAUGCUUCAAUACAUGCCUACCAUAACUGAUCUAGAAAUGGACCAUUUUGACAUGCCGCAAGUCACGAGAUACCUCCUGGAGUAUGCGUCAAGCCAGGGACAGGUCCGGGCUUGCUGUCCACUGGUGAAGCUGAAGACGCUCACUUGGAACAACGCCACGAACGAGCCAGUGGCGACUGAAGCCGUUCUUCGUUAUGUGGUCGCAGAACGUAUAACGUGUGGGUUUCCAAUCGCCAAACUACGCGUGGACCGCGGUUUCCUCCAGCUCCAUGCAGACGUGCAAAGAUGGUAUCGUGAGCGUAUUGACGUCGAGGUCGUGCCUUGGAUCCCUCAGGAUGAGGCAGGCUAUUUUAUUUAGCAUGGCUCGCCGAUGUCCAGCAAACCUGUGGAGUACAUGGCUAUCGACUCGACGCUGAGAAGAUCGGCGUCACUUCUGCGAUUUGCAUCCCUUCGUCGGGUGUCGGGAGUCCGCAGCGCCAGAGGAGUCAUUGCUUGUUUCUUUUGACUUGUGCUUUAGGUCAACCUACCUAACCACCUCUUAGUGAGUAUCUAGCAGUAUUCUGCUAUGCCGGCGACCAUGUCAGCGGAUAUGUGGAUUUGUACAUUCCGAGUACUGUGCUCCAGGAUCUAGGCAACUCGCUUCAAAAUUCUCUUUCGCCAUCGGUGUCUCGAAGCGCAUUGUAGAAACGGCUUGUAGUGCUAAGUGCAUGCUGUGUAGUAUAUCUUAUUUGAUCAUGAG